AUGGCAUCCAAAGUCAGAGACCUGUUGAAGUCUCUUCUCGAUCGUCGCAAGAAGAGCUCUCCGGCACCGACGCAGAAGGCGCUCUUCCUUCAAGCUAAACAGGGCGAGUUCGCUGUCGGGGAGAGCAAGAUACCCAAGCCUAGCUCUGGGGAGUUGUUGCUGAAGCUGUCGGCUGUUGCGCUCAACCCGGUCGACUGGAAGGUCCAGGAAGCAGGUAUCUUCGUUGAUAAAUAUCCUGCGAUCUUGGGCAUGGAUGUCGCCGGCGUUGUUGAGGAGGUCGGGAGAGGUGUGAAGGGCUUCGCUAAGGGCGACAGAGUGUACGUCCAACUUAACGUCACAUGCGCUCACGCUGAUCAGGCAGCACAAAUUAGUAUCACGCACACGCGGUAUGACAACGAGCAUGCUGGCUUCCAACAGUAUACCCUCGCCGUUGCGAACUUCACCGCGAAGGUUCCCUCUUCGGUGUCUGACGAUGAGGCGGCUUCCAUUCCACUGGGUAUCGACACGGCGGUCAUCGGCCUUUUUAGCCCAGAGUUCGGCGGCCUCGUGGCGCCCUGGAACGAAGCGGGCAAGUACAAUGGGCAGACUAUUCUUGUCCUCGGCGGAUCAUCGUCCGUAGGGCUUUACGUCACACAAGUCGCCAAACUUGCUGGUUUCUCUACAAUCAUCGCAACCUCCUCAAUCACGCACGAGGCUUAUCUGAAGGACAUCGGCGCGACGCACGUCAUCGACCGUAACUUCUCGCAGGACGACAUCCGUGCUGCCGUCGGCGGCAUCACCCAAGACCCGAUCAGCGUCGUAUACGAUGCGGUCUCCCUCCCCGAUACUCAGGAGCUCGGGUGGUCGCUCCUCGCGCAGGAAGGCAAGUUGAUCACGACGCUUGAUCCGAAGGUCACGCCCGAAGAGGGCGAUAAGAGGAAGGUGAUCCGAGUAGCGGGCAUUCCGCACUUGCCCCAGAACCAGAAGUUCAGCAAGGCGGCGUGGGGACAUUACGCGACGUGGCUCGCUGAGGAGAAGCUUACGCCUAACAGGGUGGAGGUGCUUCCUAAUGGUCUCGAGGGCAUUACCGGAGGACUAGAACGUAUGAAGGCUAACAAGGUUAGUGGGACGAAGCUCGUUGCUCGCCCGCAAGAGACACCUUGA